GCAUCAUUUGUAAGAGAAGGGAAAAGCGGGAAAAGAGAAAAAACAGAGGGUUUUGUUUCUCUUUUGCAGUUGCACUCUUGCGUUGCAGGCAGGGGCAUCUGUUUCCCGUUCUGCUCCGAGCGACCAAGUGAGUGAGUGAGUGAGUGUCAUAUAUAUAUACAUAGUGCGUUCGAGAAAUGCAGCAGCACCUGAUGCAGAUGCAGCCCAUGAUGGCUGCCUACUACCCCAACAACGUCACCACUGAUCACAUUCAACAGUACCUGGAUGAGAACAAGUCCUUGAUUCUGAAGAUUGUUGAAAGCCAGAAUUCUGGCAAGCUGAGCGAGUGUGCCGAGAACCAAUCAAGGCUGCAGAGAAAUCUCAUGUACCUAGCUGCAAUAGCUGAUUCUCAACCACAACCAUCUCCAUUGGCUGGUCAGUAUCCUUCUAGUGGACUUGUGCAGCAGGGAGCACACUACAUGCAGGCUCAACAGGCUCAGCAGAUGUCACAACAACAGCUAAUGGCUUCGCGCUCCUCGCUCCUGUACUCCCAACAGCCUUUCUCAGUGCUUCAACAGCAGCAAGGCAUGCACAGCCAACUUGGCAUGAGCUCCAGUGGAAGUCAAGGCCUCCACAUGCUGCAAAGUGAAGCCACUAAUGUUGGAGGCAAUGCAACCAUAGGAACCGGAGGAGGGUUUCCGGACUUUGUACGCAUUGGUAGUGGCAAGCAAGAUAUUGGAAUCUCUGGUGAAGGCAGAGGAGGAAACUCUAGUGGCCACUCUGGUGAUGGUGGUGAGACACUUAAUUACCUGAAAGCUGCUGGUGAUGGAAACUGAACUAGCCAGGGAGAAUGGUAAAAGUUUCCUUGGCCUUUAGCCGUUUAUUGAGUGAAUUAUGAGAAUUAGGCAAUGGAGAUUAAGUAGGGAAGGGAAGGAGGAAAGGGAAAAGUUGCUGCUUAGAUAUCUUGUUUGUUAAUCUUGUGCUAAAGGCAAACUGCCUUAACGUUUCUGUAGUACUAGUAACUAGUAAGUAACAUGAUGCAUGCUUUAUUUUUCUUGUGUAAAGUUCUAGUCAUAAAUGUCAGGGUCACAAGUUCCUUCCCUUUCUGUUCUGUUUCUGUAUGCACACUUGUUGGCCAAGAGGGUUAUUUGGUGAACGAUGACAGAUGUAAUUUUGACGAUGUUCCUGCUUUAAGGAGUUUGAUGCAUCAAAGUUCAAUUACAAGCUAAACCCAUUAUGAAA